AUGUAUGAACGAUGUCACCACAAAAUCAAGUUCCAUAGUUUGCCCGUCCUGCACACCCAUCCGUACAUGAAUUACAAAUUCGGCCGAGAAUGGUUAUCCCAUAGCACCUUAUCUUCAAACAAGGGUACUUUGUCCUGGCUCAUGUAUGGAAUCUUAGGUUGGUGGAUCCAAGUGAGCUAUUCUGGUAAAAACCCAGAAAGAGACCUUCUGUGGAACGAGGUACCAGAUGGAUUGAUGCAGACGACCAGGACUCGUGCAUAA